AUGGACGAGAAGGGGUACUACGUGCGCACUGAGCAGUACCUGCCCAUUCUGGAGCGGAAAGAGGAGCUGGGCACCUUCCCGGUGCCCAUGGUCAACACGGCGGUGCUCAUUGACGCCCGAAAGCGGCUCAGCCGGCGACUGACCUUUGAUCCGGUGGAGGUGGAAGACUCGGUGACGGCGGAUGGCAGACACACCAUCCCCUACGAUGACAUUAUCGCAUUCGCCAAGUCGGCACAUGCUGCCGGGAUCGAGCUGUACAUUGACAAUCGUCACGUCUACGGGUACAUCCCACCGCCGCUCUCCUCCGACUCGGGCAAGGAGGACGCCCAACUGCGGCAGACACUACUUGAGCUGCAGCUGGAGGCGCUGAUCGAGGGGCGGCCAUUCCCGGUGGCCAGCACGCUGCAGGCGUACAUCGAGCCAGUCCACGAGGGCGAGCAUGAGAGGCUGGGCGUGGACGCAGUGUACGUCAUCAACCUGCGGCGGAGGCCGGAGCGACGGCGGCGGAUGCAGGCCACCCUGGCGCUGCUGAACAUCAAGGCGACCUUCUGGGAUGCCACCGACGGGAAGGUGCUCAGUGAGGAGUACCUGGAGCGGCACCGCAUCAGCUCACUCGAGGGAUACCUCGACCCGUACCACCAGCGACCGAUGACCUUCGGCGAGAUUGGCUGCUUCCUCUCGCACUACCGCAUCUGGGAGGAGGCAAAGAGGAAAAACUAUUCGGCGAUCAUCAUCCUCGAGGACGACGUCCGUUUUGAGCGCAACUUUCGCGCCAAGUGGGCCACCGCCUGGGCUCGCUUUGAGGAGUUGCAGUCGAAAAAAAGAGGAGCUCAGUACGACUUUCUGUACCUCGGUCGGAAGCUGAAUGGCGACCCUGCUUCGGAGGAGACCGUCGACUCGACCUUCGUCCGUCCGGGCUACUCCUACUGGACCAUCGGCUACCUGGUGACCCGGUCGGGCAUUGAGAAGCUGCUCGGAGCCAGUCCUCUGGGGAGGAUGAUCCCCGUGGACGAGUACCUGCCGCUGCUGUACGGCAGCCACCCCAACCUGACGCUGGGCGAGGUGUACAGCAGCGGAGGCACGGACAGGAGGGUACAGCGCCUGAAUGCGCUCAGUCUGAAGCAGCUGAUCAUCAGCCCGACGCACUACGUGGGCGAUGCCGCCUACAUCAGCGACACGGAGCAGUCCAAUGAGGUCCACUCGAAGAAGAGUCAGCCCAAUGAGGUGGGCGAAGAGGAACUGGAAGAGGUGGAGGAAGAAGUAAUGAAGGAGGGGAGAAUCGAUGUCUCUGGAAGCAGCAAUAGUGGUGGAGGACUUCAACCGCCGCCACCUUCCUCAUCACUAUCAUCAAUAGAGCACUUUGAGUUGUAG